GCGCACCCGGAAGCCUCCGGUGCAAGUUUCAGUUGUGGACCGUGCAUCCAUAUGCCAGAUUGCGCUGAACGUCUUAAUGUGAUUCAGCGUUAGGCGCCUUUUCUUUCCAGUAGUGUUUGCAACAAUGAUGUCGCUAGACUUUCUAGACGAUGUUCGGCGCAUGAAUAAGCGUCAGCUCUAUUACCAGGUGCUGAACUUUGGUAUGAUUGUUUCCUCUGCCCUGAUGAUCUGGAAGGGACUGAUGGUUGUCACUGGUAGUGAGAGUCCAAUUGUUGUUGUCCUCAGUGGGAGUAUGGAGCCAGCUUUCCACAGGGGAGACCUGCUGUUUCUGACCAACCGGGUAGAGGAUCCCAUCCGAGUCGGAGAGAUUGUUGUCUUCAGGAUAGAGGGCAGAGAGAUCCCAAUAGUACACAGAGUACUAAAGAUCCAUGAAAAGGAAAAUGGUGACAUUAAGUUUUUGACCAAAGGGGACAACAAUGCAGUGGACGACAGAGGACUUUACAAGCAGGGCCAGCACUGGCUGGAGAAAAAAGAUGUGGUGGGACGAGCUAGGGGGUUUGUGCCAUACAUUGGAAUUGUUACCAUUCUCAUGAAUGAUUACCCCAAGUUCAAAUAUGCUGUUCUCUUCAUGCUGGGUCUCUUUGUGUUGGUCCACCGAGAGUGAGAUGCCCAAACUUCACAACUCAAAAAAAACAAACCACGUCCAGGAAACCUCACGCAUGCCUUUCAAAACAGAAUUAAGUUAGAUUUUGUCAAACCCAACUGGCUUUUUUGUACCAUUUGUGUGAACAUUUUGUAGAAAUGUGGAUAGGGUGUUUUACAUUUGAAAAAUUGAAGCUUUAAAAAUAUUUUUGUUAGGGAAUCAGGCUACAUCUAGUUUGAAAUGCAUCUUUAUUUGUAAUCCGGAGAAUGUGAAACUGCAUUCAUCAAGAUGAACCAGUUUUUUUUCCUGUUGAUUCAUUUUAUGAAAACUGGAUAUGAAUGAUAUUAAAUAUGAAAUCUGGUUUUGAUCCACGAUAAUCCACAGAUUAUUUUAACUCUGUCUCAUUUUCUCUUGUCUCUGUGUUACAUUAAAAGCCAUUGUUCACCCUGCA